AUAUGAGUCCUACAGGCGGCGUUAGUUGUGAAAGAAAAAAUGGUCGGUUGUUAAAAUCUCUUUUCUUGUUGGAAAUUUAAUGAACCCCUAUAAAAAUGGCAACGGCUAAAGAGGAAAAAUUUUCUAAAGAUGUUUAUCAGAUAUUUUUAAUUGUUUUAACUAACGAUAGAAAUCAAUUAGAGAAAUACCUUAACUACUGGACAACUGAUUAUACAAGAUCUAUACUUAGUGAAGAAGUACGUCUGCUUACUCUAAAAGACUCUUUGCUGAAAGGAAGUGAAAUUGUACUAAAGCUGCAAACAUGUAACAUUGAAUCGUUAACUUCUACUCAUUUAGCUGCUUAUAAAGGCUACGAUGAUCUACUUACAACACUUCUUACUAACGAUGAAGCUCUGCUGAAUAUCAGAUUGAAAAAUUCUGAUAUUGGUUUACUUCAUCUUGCUUCAUUCGGUGGUCAUAUUAGCACUGUAGUUCUUCUUGUUGAAGUCUUUCAAGUAGACAUAGAGGAUAGGGAUAAAUGUGGAUGGCGACCUCUUCAUUUUGCUAGUUGCGGAGGACAUUUUCAACUAGUCAAAACACUUGUUAGUGAAAAAGGAGCGAUAUGUGACGCUAGAGAUGAAGAUGGGGCAACAGCGGCAUUUCGCGCAUUAGUCAAUGGUUUUGGAACAAUAGCGAAUUUUUUAACAGACCGACAGAAUGUACCAGACGUUCUCAUUGAAGCUGAAUUGAACGAAAGGACAUUAGAAAAGAGUCGAAGAGCAUCCGAGCCGAGUUAUCGAGCGUUCAGUAAAAAAGAUAGACAAAUCAGUACGAGCCCGGAAUUCUCAAAAUCGGCAAAAUAUCGUACUGUUAGACAAUUAAUCAGAGAUGAAGUAAGGAAUUUGAAAUUAAAGGAACAAGGACAAGGCGAAGAAAAAGAAGAAACCUACUCAGAGCCGAUUAAUGAGAUGCUUUUGGAAAAUGUAGGGGAAAAUACUCUCAAAGAAAUAGUCCAGCAUGAAAUAAAAAAUAUUAAUGACGACACAAACGACGAUCCCAUAUAUGCCUCAAUUGAUGAAGAUUUACUAUCGACGGGUCCUGUAAAUAUCGCUCCUCCCGUUCCACCACGAAGAAAUUCCUCAAAAACAAGUAUGGAAGAAAGCGAAGAUGAGCUUCCAAUUUUAUUAACUGAAUCAAUGAAAUUUCCUACAAUGAGGUCAAAUUGUGAAUCGUUGCAAGCAUGUAUUCAACGUCUAAGUCGUAAUUUAGGUGACCAGUGGCGUCAUUUGGCAAGAGCCCUUCCCAUCGAAAAAGGGGGUACGAACAAAGUAAAUAACCGGAUUAAGGCCAUAGAAAGAAAAUACCCGGAUAACGAAGUUAAGCAGGCCGAAUCUGCUUUGGCAGAAUGGAGAAUAAAUGCCGGUAGAAGUGCAUCUACUGAAGUCUUGAUAGAUGCGUUGGAAACAGCUAAAUUAGACAAAUAUCUACCUAUUAUUUAUGAAACAUUAUGCGAAGAUUAUCCUUAGUGAUUUUUCUUUAAUAAAAAUUCAUUUGAAGUUAGAUAGAGUGAAAAAUUCUUUGCUCAUUUAAAUAUGAAUAUCUGUCCCAAAACCCGGACAAAAAUUUGACAAAAUGAAACAAUAUACAGUCACAAUUAAUAGUGUUUUAAAGAUUUCGCUUAAAUAAAAAUAAAGAUUUAAUUUUAGUGAGGAG